GGGGGCCGGGCGGGGAGGGGAGGUGCAGAGCCCCGGUCCCAUCCGGUCCGCUUCACCGGUCCGGUAUGCGCCGAAGCGUUUGGGGACUAUGGCCCGAUGGAGCCCGCCGCGCAGCGGUGUCGGCGGUCACGAUCAUCAGUGAAGAUAUUAAACAGGACUGGGCCCAACACUGAUCGUAAAAUCCCAGUGUCAGGGGCUGGAAGGGACCUCCAAAGCUCAUCCACUCCAACCCCUGCCAGAGCAGCAGCUCCUAGAGCAGAUCACGCAGGAGCACAUCCAGACUUUGACGCUAAGGAGAAAAGGAAAGUGGCGGAGAUCCAGAAGGCGCUGAGCAGUGAGCCCAUCGACGUGGCGGCGCUGCGCCGCAUGGCCAUCAGCGAGGGCGGGCUGCUGACCGACGAGAUCCGCCGCCAGGUGUGGCCCCAGCUGCUCAGCGUCAACACCGACGACCUGCCCCCGCUGCCAGGGAAGGAGCUGCGGGAGGACAAUAAGGAUUACCAGCAGGUGCUGCUGGACGUGCGCCGAUCCCUGCGCCGCUUCCCGCCAGGUAUGCCAGAUAAGCAGAGGGAAGGGCUGCAGGAGGAGCUCAUCGAUAUCAUCCUCCACGUCCUGAAGCGCAACCCCCAGCUGCACUACUACCAGGGCUACCACGACAUCGUGGUCACCUUCCUGCUGGUGGUGGGGGACAGGCUGGCCCCUGCUCUGGUGGAAAAGCUCUCCGUGCAUCAUCUCAGGGAUUUUAUGGAGCCAACGAUGGAGAACACUAAGAACAUCUUGAAUUACCUAAUGCCCAUCAUAGACCAGGUGAACCCUGAGGUGCACGACUUCAUGCAGAGUGCAGAGGUGGGCACCAUCUUUGCCCUCAGCUGGCUCAUCACCUGGUUUGGGCACGUCCUGUCUGACUUGAGGCACGUGGUGCGAUUGUACGACUUCUUCCUGGCCUGCCACCCACUGAUGCCCCUUUACUUUGCUGCUGUGAUUGUGCUGUACCGGCAGCAGGAAGUGCUGGACUGCGAAUGUGACCUGGCCUCUGUCCACCACCUCCUGUCCCAGAUCCCACAGGACCUUCCUUAUGAGACUCUGAUCAGCAGAGCCGGGGACCUUUUUGUCCAGCUGCCACCAUCUGAGCUGGCCAGGGAGGCAGCCCAGCAGCAGGCAGAACGAACCGCAGCUUCCACCUGUAAGGACUUUGAGCUGGCAUCAGUGCAGCAGAGACCAGACACUGUGUUGAGACAACGCUUCAGGGAGCGGCCCCGGGGGGAGGAGAGGACAAAACCCACCUUGACAAAGCCAAGGACCAACCACUAUGUCAGGCUGGUACUGAUAGGGCUGACAGUGGCACUGGGGGCAGCUGCCCUGGCCGUGAAGAGCGUGCUGGAGUAGGCACCCAAGUUCGAGCUGCAGAUCUUCCCUUGAAGCCAGAGCAAGAGACCCUCCCUCUCAGCUCCUCCUGCCUGCUGGCAAGGGCUGCUAGAGGGGACGUGGCCAGAAGCCACCUGGCUGAAGAUGGCUUUUCACUCUUGGCCUUUGCGAUGGAGCCUGCCAGGAAGCAGCCCAGCAGGAACCUUCUCACACCACCUCUCCUUCAGGGGUGAGCAGACACUGCCACUGUCCCCUGAGGAGCCAGAGGGACCCAGCUGCGCGCUGCAGGCCGUGCACAAGUGACUGCAGGAGCAGAGAGCCACGUGUGGGCUGUGCCAGAGCCAUCCCACGGUGUCCCCUGGGGAGCAUCGGCGGGAGCGAGGGCAGGUCCUCGCCUAGGGGAGGGCACCAGGGCAGGGUUUGGCUGAGCUGCACGUUGGGGAGGUUAUUGCACUCCUGCAGCACAGGGCAGCCCUCUGGCUCUGCAUCCAGCUUCACCCAGUGGCCUGCCUCUUCCCUUUCUUGCUGGUAACCUCUGGGUAGAGCCAGCCCUUCCACAAAGCCCUGCUAUGGGCUUCUCUCCAGCUCCUUCUGCUUCCUCAUCUUCCCAGCCUGGUCUGUUCAUGGCUCGAGAGAGGGGCAGGAGCAGGGCAGAGGGAGCUCAGCUCUGGGGCACUGAGACUCCUCCUCUGGUGGUUGUCCCUUGGAUCACCGAGGUGAGACCUCGCCCUGCCCAAGGUAAGUGCUGUCAUGUGCCAGAUGGUGUCACCAGGAGCAGCAGCAGCAGCACCAGUUGCAGACUGGUUUGACAGCUCUGGAAGGCUCUAAGGGCAGGGAAAGGCUUUCUCCAUCUCUGCACAGGACACUGUGUCACUGUGGGUAGGACAUCUGUCCUGCAUCUCCCCCAUGAGCUGCUCAGUGUCACCCCUCAGAGCAACACAAGUGAGGGAGCUCCCCAGAAAGGCCACCCCUGACCUCUGCCACCCCUUGUCCCACUCCUCACCCAUUUAACCUCCCUGCACUCCACACUAAACAGAACUCUUCUGGCCAGCUCAGCGUCCUGCUGAGACAAAGCCAACAGCCGCUCGAUGCCUCUACCUCUCCCCUCAGCUGCUAAGCCUCCCACAAGUGCCCUUACCUGCCCCCUUCAGCCCCCUCCUUGCUUCCUGCCAUCGCUCUGUGUGCCCAAAGCCACCUGUGCCACGCCUGGGGGGCCGUGCCCAGGAGAUGGUGUUGCUUGAAGAGUCAGGGAGAGGGGGAGAGAGAAAACGUGUGCCCUGCAACAGCUCAGCCCCCUCCUGGCCCAGCCCGCUUCCCUCCUGGUUCGUGACCACCUCUGGGUAGCUCCUGUGGGUGGUUGCUGUCACAGGGGCUGUGCCUUUGUCACCCUCCUGCUGGCUGGAGGACCUGCGGGCUUUUGCCACACCUCGCUCGCAUUUCCCUAAAGCAGGGGAGUUUCCUUUGCCUCUGGGGGGUGUGAAAUCCACUCCUGCAGGAGCAGGACGGUGCGAUCAGUUCCCUCUGCCUCUCACUGCUUCCAGCGUUGUCCGUGCCACUGCUGAGGCCCAGGAGCUGCCCCCUGGGGCCCCUCUCCUAGCGUGGUUGAAGGCAAAGCCUGUUUCUGCCCUUGGCACCUCUCAGGGCAGAGGGGCUGGAUGAUUUAGCACUUUAGAAACUGGUGGUGCAGGAGUGGCAACCUGGGGGUGCUGCUGAGGGUCCUCUCUGUAAGCUGCCCUAAAAGAGGGGAUGACUGGAGCCCCCCCACCCAGGGCAGCUCCUGCAGCCCCCCACUCUCUGGCCAUGAUGCACUUUAGCUCCUGCGUUGUCCCCAGGGGAGGAAGGACCUUGGGAGGAGAUGGUGGCGUUGGUUUGGGUGCUUCAGUUCCUCUGUACAGACCCCCCCUGUAAAUGCAGAUUUGUACAAACCCUCCACCUGUUCAAUAAACACUCAACUCUG